AUGAAGUACCUGGGCUUGGUGCUCGACAGCCGAUGUGAAUUCGGGCCUCACUUCCGGUGGCUGACGGCCAAGCUGAUGGGUGCUGCGGGCGCGCUAUCAUCGUUGCUUCCCAACUUGGGGGGAUCGAGCGCCGCCUACAGGGAGCCGGACGCUCGGUGUCGCCACUACGUCCAUUGCGGGGAGGACACGGAGCAACACACGCUCGCUGAGUGUGUAGCUUGGGAGAAACAGCGACGUAUCCUCACAAACGAAAUUGGAGACGAUCUGUCGCUGCCGGCUGUGGUGCGGAGGAUGGUCAGCAGUGCAAAGUCGUGGGACGCGGUGGUUUCCUUUUGCGAGGAAGUGAUGUCGCAGAAGGAAUCUGCGGAACGGGAGAGGGAGAUUUUGACUCCCUUCCCCGGUCGCAGAAGGGGCGAGGGACUUGGGGAAGUUCUCGCCCCUACUCAGUGGACCCGAGGCGGUGGCACGCGCGUGUGUCGGCGCGUGCCCCUGAGGCGAUGCACGGGGUUGGCGAACACCUCACUACCCCGUGCAAGAGACGAGGCCUGUGCGAGGGCCAGCACUAGUGUGGGGCUGCGGAAGAAUCUGGAUUCCCGCGGCCCCGCGCACACGUGCAAGGAGGACACAAGGGGGCUUUUCGCCGGUAAAAGUCCGGCAUACCCCUCCGCCUCUCCCCAGGCGGACGAACUCCAUGAGAAUUUCCCCCUCCCAAAAAAAAGGUUUUUGGUUAGCGGUAAAAAGAAAAGUGGAGGCGGGAGGACGCGUGAGAAACGCCCACGCGACCCUGCUCUGGAGGCUGGGUCAGCAGGCUUGUCCUCCGAUGAGGAAGGCCUGCCAGCCCCCAAGAGGACGUCGGCAACGGCGGCCUCGAGAAAGGCAACUGGUUCGCAGCCGCAGAGGGAUGCGCAUGGAAGGUUCCUGCGCUCCAAGAACUCAGUGGCCAGCGGGACAGACUACGAAAUGGGGGUCUCUAGUGAGGACCCCGGGGUCGAGAGUUGCACCUCACUAGGGAGCACCAAAGCGGAACUUAACGCCGCCAAAAGGGAGCAGCGGAAGGUCGUCGCAGCCGACGAAGUGUCGCUAAUGUCUAGUCGCGCACGUGAGCGACGUGCUGCUCUGGCAGCAGAAGGGGGUGAGCCAUCGGCGUUAGUUCUGAGCCAACUGGCCUUGGACGGGGUGGACUUAGUACUGAAGGUUGCUACCAAAUCUGGCAGCCUGAAAGGUACUUUCACCCGUGGCUUGAAAGAGGCCGCAGGUGACAUCAAGGAGGCUAUUGGCCUCCUUCUCAAUAGGACGGCCUCUGACGAAGUCACGAAAUUGCAGGAGGAGAACGGCCGUCUCCGAAGAGACCUGGAAGACUUGCGGCAGCAAGUCGCCAUGCUGAGCGAGCAGCACCAGCGACACAAGUCCGUCGAAAGCACAGACGCAGUAGCACCGUCUCCCCCAGCGCAACCGGCAAGCCCUCAAAGGGUUGAGGAAGUCGAACGUAUUGUCCGACUCUGCAUGCUCCAGUGCGGGAGCAUGGUCAAUGCUCGACUGGAGGCAAUUUCCCAGCGUCUUCCUGCGGAAAUCCUCCGUCCACCCCUAGCAGCCGACUCUCGAAGGGCUGAAGGGCCGCCGAGACCUGUGGGGAAGCCCGCGGAGGGAGCCCCCCCGAAUGACGAGUCAGGAACCUCUGGGUCUAAGGGUGAGACUUGGGCGAAGGUGGUUGGCCGUAAAAAGGCUCGCAAAGCCGCUAAGAAGGCGUCAGCAGUAGCGCGCGCCACCAGCUUAACUGCAAAGGGGGCCCAAUCUGCACGACGGUCUACCAAAGAUGGUCGCAAAGUGCCGGCUGUACGUGCUCCGCGAUCCGAAGCUGUGACGCUCACGUUACAGCCCGGAGCUGUGGAACGGGGCGUGACGUACCAGUCGGUUAUUGCCGAGGCCAAGGCCAAGAUCAAAUUAUCAGAUCUUGGCCUGCAGUCCGUUACCCUCAGGCAAGCUGCCACGGGUGCACGGCUAUUUGAGGUGGCUGGUACUGGAAGCGACAGUGCCGAAAAGGCGGACGCUCUUGCCGCCAAGAUGAGGGAGGUCCUCAACCCUGAGGACGUUCGGGUCUCCAGGCCAGUCAAAACCGCAGAGGUGCGAAUUGCUGGUCUGGACGACUCCGUGACCUCUGAAGAGGUGGUGGCGGCCGUUGCCCGAAGCGGUGAGUGUCUGCCAGAAAAGGUACGUGCCGGCGAUAUACGCGCCGACGCCACCGGACUCGGCGUAGUAUGGGUUCGGUGUCCUGUUGCGUCGGCAAAGAAGAUAGCCGAUAACGGCAGAUUGCUGGUGGGCUGGGUAUCAGCGAGAGUUAAGCUCCUGCAGCCCCGGGCUUUGCGGUGCUUCCGGUGCCUGGAGAAGGGGCACGUCCGAGCAAAGUGCACUGCUGAAGUUGACCGUAGUGACCUUUGCUAUCGCUGCGGUCAGCCCGCCCACAAGGCGGCCCAGUGUUCCGCGCCGCUCAACUGCAGCGUGUGUUCGGCUGCAGGGAAGCCAGCGGGACACAAAUUGGGCGGAGGAGCCUGCGGCGCACCUGCCAGCAAGGCCAAGAAGAAAAAGAAGAGCUCUAAACCUGCCGGGGAAACCUCGCCGCCCCCGCAGACCGUAAACGGCCGCCAUCCAACAACCCCGAUUAGCGACGGCCCGCGCUGGGCGCUUAAGCGCAUUGACAAGGAACUACUCGAGGAAGCUGCCUUAGUCCAGUCCUGGAUUUGGGAGUCGACGACGGACGGCCCCAUCGACGUCGACGCGGUGGCGCUGCGGUUUCGCGGGGCGAUGACGCAGAUCUGCGACGCUUCCAUGCCCCGUGACCGCCAACAGUCCGCAAGGCGCCAGGUGUACUGGUGGACUGAUGAAAUCGCACGGCUUCGUGUCGAGUGCGUUGCGGCUCGCCGCGAGUACACACGAUACCGGAGACGACGUCGAAGGAAUCCCGUCGAAGAAGACGCGAUGGAGGAGCUGCUGGGGUCUCUAGACCGGGACCCGUGGGGGCACCCCUACCGAUGGGUACGCGGCAAGCUACGGCCCUGGGCGCCUCCACUGGUACAAAGUAUGCAACCCCAGUUGCUAGAGGUGGUGAUAUCGGCCCUCUUCCCUGAGAGAGCGGAACACAUUCCCCCGGCGAUGGCGUCGCCCCCAGCCACAGGUUCUUCAGAAGAGGAGAACACCGAUGUCCCCGAG